AUGAGCGCUAUCGACUCCUCUUCAAUCUUCACACUGAGCCACGACUCAAAUCUACAAGACAUUUUGGACGCUAACGUCAAGUGGGCUUCCCAGAUGAACAUUGUUCAACCAACCUUGUUCCCGGAUCAUAAUGGUAAGGGCCAGUCCCCUCAUACACUUUUUAUCGGCUGCUCCGAUUCGCGCUACAACGAAAACUGUCUAGGCGUUCUGCCCGGUGAAGUGUUCACCUGGAAAAACGUUGCUAAUAUAUGCCAUUCAGAGGACUUGACUUUGAAGGCCACUCUAGAGUUCGCUAUUAUUUGUUUGAAAGUGAACAAGGUCAUCAUCUGUGGCCAUACCGACUGUGGCGGUAUAAAGACAUGUUUGACUAACCAAAGAGAAGCGCUACCCAAGGCAAACUGUUCACACCUAUACGAGUACUUGGAUGACAUCGACACCAUGUACCAUGAACAGUCGCAAAACCUAGUACAUUUGGAAACAGAGCGCGAGAAGUCUCAUUACUUGUCCCAUUGCAACGUCAAGAGACAGUUUGGCAGAAUUAUCGAAAACACCACCGUGCAAACUGCGGUACAGAAUGGCCAAUUGCAAGUGUACGGUCUGCUGUACAACGUAGAGGAUGGUCUACUGCAAACCGUCAGCACAUAUUCAAACGCCAUCCCAAAAUAA